CGGCGGCGGCGGCCUCUCGGGUCCUGACUGGCGCGUCUUCUCUGCUCGCCAGCCCGCGCUCUCCGGUGACGGACCAUGUCGGCGGCGGGAGCGGGCGCGGGCGUGGAGGCGGGCUUCUCCAGCGAGGAGCUGCUGUCGCUCCGCUUCCCGCUGCACCGCGCCUGCCGCGACGGGGACCUGGCCGCGCUCUGCUCGCUGCUGCAGCACGCGCCACGCGCCCACCUGGCCGCCGAGGACUCCUUCUACGGCUGGACGCCCGUGCACUGGGCCGCGCACUUCGGCAAGUUGGAGUGCUUAAUACAGUUAGUGAGAGCUGGAGCCACACUGGAUGUCUCCACCACCCGUUACGCACAGACCCCAGCCCACAUUGCCGCUUUUGGGGGACAUCCUCAGUGCCUCGUCUGGUUGAUCCAAGCAGGAGCCAGCAUUAACAAACCGGACUGUGAGGGCGAGACUCCUAUUCACAAGGCGGCUCGCUCUGGGAGCCUGGACUGCAUUAGUGCCCUGGUGGCUAACGGGGCUCAUGCCGACCUGAGAAAUGCCAGUGGCCUGACGGCAGCAGACAUUGCUCAAACCCAGGGUUUCCAAGAGUGUACCCAGUUUCUCUUGAACCUCCAGAAUUGUCAUCUGAAUCCUUUCUAUAACAGUGGCCCCUUAAAUGGGGGCCAUCCGAACAUAUUUCCUAAUCACAUUAGUGUGGGAACAAAUCGCAAGAGAUGCUUGGAAGAUUCGGAACCCUUUGGAGUAAAGAAAGCUAGAACCACAGCUCAAAGCUCGGAUGACCCCAUGCCGCUCCUGAAUGGCGAGGCGGAAGACGAUGCUGACAGCAUGCACGUCGAUAGAGAGUUUGUAACAGAUACGAAAAACAGUAGCUCCGUAUCGAAUACACUGACAAAUGGAUGUCUCAUCAAUGGACAUUUGGACUUCCCCUCCACGACACAGCUCAGUGGGAUGGAGAGCAGGAGCGACCAGUGCUUGACAGGACCUAAUGGAAUGGGCGGUGGACUAGUUCCAGGACCGCCGUUCCCGAGUAGCCAGGGUUCCCCCUGUGUUAAUGGGACUGAAGAGCCAGGAAAGGGCACGAGCGUUAACCCCGAGAUGUGCGGCUCUCUGCACCUGAACGGGAGUCCAAGUACCUGCGUAGCCAGCAGGCCUUCCUGGGUGGAGGAUAUCGGGGAGAACCUGCACUACGGACACUACCACGGGUUUGGAGACACUGCCGAAAGCAUCCCUGAGCUGAGCAGUGUGACAGAGCACUCCAGCUCCUUGAAGCUGGACGAGGGGCACGACAGCGCCGUCCUGGGCACCAUGCACCUGUUCCACGGCUCCUAGGGCCGAGGCCGCCUCGAGGACACAUCAGGCCUCCUGCUAACCAACUCCCAAUGCUAGUGUAGCAUCAACCUGAAGG